GAUAAUUUAUGUUGAUAAUUUUAAUCUUAAUAUAAUCUAAAUUUGAUAAUUUAAUUGGAUCGUUGUGAUUCGAAAGUUUUGUACGUGUUGCAUUUCCAUUUUUUGUUUUUGCUAUAUAUUAUAUAUAUAUAAAUUUUCUUAUAUUUACGUAUUCAAUAGCUUUAUUUUUGUUCAAAAUAAAUAUGAAACAAUAAAAAUAAUAAUAAAUAAUAAUUAUAUAUAAUUAUAUAUACAUAUAAGAUGAUGUGUUAUGGAAAAUUUAUAUAUUUUACACGCUCGGAAACUUUAUUGUGCAAAAGAAAUUGUUUAUUAAAUUUCUAUCAAAAUAUAUCAAAAGGUGUAUUAAAAUAUAUAAAAGAAACAAUUAUUCCAUCAAAACCAAAGAAACCAAUAUCUCCUUUUCUUUUAUAUGUAAAAGAUAUUAGUCUCAAAAUCAAACAAGAAAAACCUGAUACAAAAUAUUCAGAAAUAUUGAAAAAAGCAUCCAGAGGAUGGGCAGAAUUAAAUCCUGUUGAAAAAGAAAAUUUUACGAAAGAAUACAUAAAAAACUAUGAAAUAUAUACAAAGCAAUUAAAAGAAUAUAAUAAUUCUAUUACUGAUGAACAAAAGCAAUUAUGGGAAGAAAAAAAAAAAGAAUAUGAAAACUCUAAUAAAAAAAUUAAUAGUAAACAGAAAAAACUUGGUAAACCAAAAAAACCACCAAAUACAUAUUUGUUAUAUUUAUUAUCUAAAAAAAAUGAAAAAGAUCCAAAUAUAUCUUUCAAGGAUUGGUUAAAGUCAAUGACAAUAAGUUGGAAAAAAUUGCCAAAUAUAGAGAAGGAACCAUAUGUUAUUAAAACUAUGCAAUUAAUAUCCCAGUACAAAGAAGAUUUAGAGAAAUGGGAAAUGAAAAUGAUAAAUUCAGGUCAUUCUGAUGUUGUAAGACUUCAAACUUUAUUGAAAUAUAACCUUCAUAAAAAUGAACAUAGAAAUAAAUAAAAUUAAAAUAUUUA